AUGUCUAAAAAUAGAAACAAAGUGAAGAGGAAGAUAGUGAAGCUGCGCGAUCACUCCGACAUACAGAUCGAGGAAUGGCUGAGCUUUAGGAUAAUCACAAUGAAAACAAACACCAUCCUAGACUCAAUUCCGUGUCAAGUCAGAGGAUUGAUACUGGCAGUAUGUUUCCUGAUGAAUAGCUAUGCGCAAGACGAUAUAUCGAUCCAGGUACAAAACACAUUGAUUGAUUAUGGAAGAACUGACAUUGACAUCAGUUGUAGAGUUGAUGGGACCUCUAUUGAGAGCAUUGAUAUUAUCCAGUUGAAGAGGUCCGAUACGAAUAUAGUAUCAAUAUCAGAUGAUGGUAUUUCUUGGCAAGAUACAGAGUUACAGACUCGAAGCAAAAUAGAUGCGUCCAUCUUAAAUAUCCUCUCGUCACACCUAGAUGUAAUGGAUCUUCUGAAAGAAAACAAAAAAAAUGUGCUUUGCGUAGUCAUGCAAUGUUUGUGAAAGGAUCCAUUUUCUUCUUUAUGAAAGUUGCACUGAUACGAAUGAUUUCAUAUUGAAGUUCAGAGUAUGAC